AUGGUAGGGCGCUAUGGCAAGGCGCUAUGCAGUCCCUCGCCUAACAGCAGUCCCUCACCUAACAGCAGACCCUCACCUAUCUGCAGACCCUCACCUAUCUGCAGUCCCUCACCUAACUGCAGUCCCUCACCUAACAGCAGUCCCUCACCUAACAGCAGUCCUUCACCUAACUGCAGUCCCUCGCCUAACAGCAGUCCCUCACCUAACAGCAGUCCUUCACCUAACUGCAGUCCCUCGCCUAACAGCAGUCCCUCACCUAACUGCAGUCCCUCGCCUAACUGCAGUCCCUUGCCUAACAGCAGACCCUCACCUAUCUGCAGUCCCUCACCUAACAGCAGACCCUCACCUAACUGCAGUCCCUCGCCUAACAGCAGUCCCUCACCUAACAGCAGUCCUUCACCUAACUGCAGUCCCUCGCCUAACAGCAGUCCCUCACCUAACUGCAGUCCCUCGCCUAACAGCAGUCCCUCACGUAACAGCAGUCCCUCACCUAACAGCAGUCCCUUGCCUAACAGCAGUCCCUUGCCUAACAGCAGUCCCUCACCUAACUGCAGUCCCUCACCUAACUGCAGUCCCUCACCUAACAGCAGUCCCUCACCUAUCUGCAGUCCCUCACCUAACUGCAGUCCCUCACCUAACUGCAGUCCCUCACCUAACUGCAGUCCCUUGCCUAACAGCAGUCCCUUACCUAACUGCAGUCCCUUGCCUAACAGCAGUCCCUCACCUAUCUGCAGUCCCUCACCUAACAGCAGACCCUCACCUAUCUGCAGACCCUCACCUAUCUGCAGUCUCUCACCUAACUGCAGUCCCUCACCUAACUGCAGUCCCUCACCUAACAGCAGUCCUUCACCUAACUGCAGUCCCUCGCCUAACAGCAGUCCCUCACCUAACAGCAGUCUUUCACCUAACUGCAGUCCCUCGCCUAACAGCAGUCCCUCACCUAUCUGCAGUCCCUCACCUAACAGCAGACCCUCACCUAACUGCAGUCCCUUGCCUAACAGCAGUCCCUCACCUAACAGCAGUCCCUCACCUAUCUGCAGUCCCUCGCCUAACAGCAGUCCCUCACCUAUAUGCAGACCCUCACCUAUCUGCAGUCCCUCACCUAACUGCAGUCCCUCACCUAACUGCAGUCCCUCACCUAACAGCAGUCCUUCACCUAACAGCAGUCCCUCGCCUAACAGCAGUCCCUCACCUAACAGCAGUCCUUCACCUAACUGCAGUCCCUCGCCUAACAGCAGUCCCUCACCUAACUGCAGUCCCUCACCUAACUGCAGUCCCUUGCCUAACAGCAGACCCUCACCUAUCUGCAGUCCCUCACCUAACAGCAGACCCUCACCUAACUGCAGUCCCUCGCCUAACAGCAGUCCCUCACCUAACAGCAGUCCUUCACCUAACUGCAGUCCCUCGCCUAACAGCAGUCCCUCACCUAACUGCAGUCCCUCACCUAACUGCAGUCCCUCGCCUAACAGCAGUCCCUCACCUAACAGCAGUCCCUCACCUAACAGCAGUCCCUUGCCUAACAGCAGUCCCUCACCUAACAGCAGUCCCUCGCCUAACAGCAGUCCCUCACCUAACUGCAGUCCCUCACCUAACUGCAGUCCCUCACCUAACUGCAGUCCCUUACCUAACAGCAGACCCUCACCUAACUGCAGUGCCUCACCUAUCUGCAGUCCCUUACCUAACUGCAGUCCCUUACCUAACUGCAGUCCCUUGCCUAACAGCAGUCCCUCACCUAUCUGCAGUCCCUUGCCUAACAGCAGUCCCUCACCUAUCUGCAGUCCCUUACCUAACAGCAGUCCCACUAUUAUAAGCUUACUAAUGUUUUCUUUGAUAUAG